AACAAAAUACCAAAAAUAUCUUUUUAGUACGAUGAAAGGGAAGGACGUACACUUCACUGACCAAAGAACUUCUUUUCACUUUCCCUUUUCUUCUUCUUCUUUUUGAAUAAAUCAUUGAUAUUGCCUGCAGAUCAGAAGAAGAAAGAAUGCGAGAAAGACAUUGGAAGAGUGGAAGUGAUAUUGGCUGCAGUUGAUCGAUCAGAAGAAGAAAGAUUGUGAGAAAGAUGUUGGAAGAGUGGAAGUGAUAUUGCCUGCAGUUGAUCAGAAGAAGAAAGAUUGUGAGAAAGAUAUUGGAAGAGUGGAAAUGAUGGAGGGGCAACGUUCAAAGACAAAGAGAGCAGCUUUUAGUGAUCGCGGUUACCUUGAUGUUGUGCUUUCUUGGUCCCUUGAAGACAUCUACGAUGAGAACCUUUACAAGAACCAGGUAGAAAAAAUUCCACAGGCGUUUGAAAAUGUUGGGCAGUAUUUUGGGUCAUACGUUUACCCCUUGCUGGAAGAGACUCGUGCACAACUGCAAUCAAGUAUGGAGAUUAUAUCAAACGCUCCAUUUGCUGAAGUAAGAGCAUUUGAUGAAUCUAAGCCGUAUGGGAAGAAUUUGUAUGAUGUUAAGAUUGAUUCUUGGAGAAACAGAUUCAGUUCUCCUGGGAAGGAGCCCUACAAAACACUGCCUGGAGAUUUAUUUGUUUUAGCAGAUGCUAAACCUGAUGAUGUUUCUGAUUUACAGAGAACAGGAAGGCAAUGGUCUUUUGUAACGGUCACUAAAAUCCAAGAGGAUGAAAACGAGGAUAAUAGCACAUCUACUAGUUUUAAAGUCAAGGCGUCAAAAGACAUUGGAGAUGAUGCUGGGAUACAGAAAUCAUUGUUUCUGAUUUUCUUGAUAAAUACAGUCACUAACAAGAGAAUAUGGAAUGCCUUGCACAUGUCUGGGAAUCUGGAGAUUAUCAAAAACGUUCUGAGCACUAAUUCUUUGAUUGAGGAAGAUGGUGGUCUCUGUUGUGCACAGAGAGGUGGGAGCUGGGAUGAGAAAUUUGUGACAAGUGUUACUUCUAAACUGGAUGAAUCGCAAACCAAGGCAGUUCUGGCAUGUCUCCAUAAGAUACAUUGCAACCACAAAUCAGCUGUGGAACUUAUAUGGGGUCCUCCAGGUACAGGGAAAACAAAAACUACCAGUACACUGCUCUUUACCCUUUUAAAAAUGGGAUGUAGGACUCUUACCUGUGCCCCAACAAAUGCUGCAAUUACAACAGUGGCCUCUUGCACUUUAAAGCUGGUGAAAGAAUCCUUCGAAACUAACAAUUGGAGCGGUGCUUUGUUUUUCUCAUUGGGAGAUAUUCUCUUAUUUGGGAGUAAGGAGCGGCUGCAAUUUGGUUCAGACGUUGAAGAGAUACAUUUGGAUUAUCGGGUCAAAAGGCUUACUGAGUGCUUAGGACCUCUGACUGGUUGGAGGCAUUCUUUUGCUUCAAUGAUUGAUCUUCUUGAAGAUUGUGUUUCUCAAUAUAAAAUCUUCUUGGAGAAUGAAUCUCUCAAGGAGAGAGAACACAACAAUGAAAAUGAAAUCAAAAAGAAAGGUAGUAGUAUUAGCAAGAGGGAGUGCAACUCAUUUCUGGAUUUUUUGAGGAAAAGAUUUGUUUCUACUUCACCAUCAGUCAAAAAUUGUAUUCUCGUCUUUUGUAUGCAUUUACCAAAAAAAAACGUUCUGGAACAAAAUUUCCAAAACAUGGUCUCUCUUAUUGGCUUGCUUGAGUCUUUUGAAACCUUGUUGUUUCAAGAUAAUGUGGAAUCUGAAGUACUGGAGGAACUUUUUUCGCGUUCGGAAUUAGCUGCGGAUAUAUCUCAGUCAUUCAUGGAUAUGCCAUUCCAGUUGUAUGAAAGGAGAAGUGAGUGUCUGUCUGUUUUAAGGACUCUUAACCGUUCGUUUAAUAAACUUCACCUCCCAAACAUUAUGAACAAACAGUCAGUAGCGGAAUAUUGUCUUCAAACAGCUUCCUUACUUUUUUGCACUGCUUCAAGUUCUUCUAAGCUGCACUCAAUGGCAAUGAAACCACUGAGCAUUCUGGUCAUUGAUGAAGCUGCACAAUUAAAGGAGUGCGAGUCAGCCAUACCAUUACAACUUCUGGGUUUAAGGCAUGCGAUUCUUGUUGGCGAUGAGUGCCAAUUACCAGCAAUGGUUGAAAGCAAUAUUUCUGAUGAAGCUGGCUUUGGGAGAAGUUUAUUUGAGAGAUUGAGCUCAUUGGGUCACUCAAAGCAUCUUCUCAAUAUACAGUACCGGAUGCAUCCAUCCAUAAGUUUCUUCCCAAAUUCAAAAUUUUAUCACAAACAGAUCUUAGAUUCUCCAAAUGUUAAAAGAAGAGGCCACAAAAAGCACUACCUUUCUGGGCCAAUGUUUGGUCCCUAUUCUUUUAUCAAUGUAGUAGGUGGAAGAGAAGAGAAGGAUGAUGUUGGGCGUAGUAGGAGAAACAUGGUUGAGGUUGCUGUUGUUAUGAAAAUAAUGCUGAACUUAUACAAAGCUUGGGAUGGUUCAGAACAGAAACUCAGCGUUGGUGUUGUCUCUCCUUAUGCUGCCCAAGUAGUUGCAAUUCAAAAGAAACUUGGACAGAAGUACGAUAACCUUGACGGGUUUGCUGUGAAGGUUAAAUCAGUUGAUGGGUUCCAAGGUGGGGAAGAGGACAUAAUAAUAAUAUCAACUGUAAGAUCUAAUAGUUGUGCAUCAAUUGGGUUCUUAUCAAAUCCUCAGAGAACUAAUGUUGCUCUUACAAGGGCUAGGCAUUGUCUAUGGAUUUUGGGAAAUGAAAGAACGCUGUCUAAUAGUGAAUCUGUUUGGGAAGCCUUGGUCUGUGAUGCUAAGAAUCGCCAAUGUUUCUUUAAUGCCGAUGAAGAUCAUGAUUUGAAAAAAGCAAUAUUGGAUGUGAAGAAAGAGUUUGAACAAUUUGACGAUUUGCUCAAUGGGGAUAGCAUACUUUUCAGAAGUGCUAGGUGGAAGGUUCUUUUCAGUGAUAACUUUCUGAAGUCAUUUCAAAAACUGAAGUCUGUACAAACAAAGAAAUCAGUUAUACACUUUCUAGUUAAACUUUCUAGCGGAUGGAGACCCAAGAGGAAGCAUGUAGAUCCCAUUUGUGGAGGUUCUUCACAGAUUUUAAAGCAAUUUGAGGUUGAAGGUCUUUAUGUUGUUUGUGCAAAUGACAUAGUAAAAGAUUGGAGUGACAUGGUGAAGGAAUUUAGGUACUGUCAAGUUUUGAAGAUCUGGGACAUAUUAUCUGCAGAGGAUAUUCCAAAAUUAAUCAAACGUCUUGAUAUUAUGUUUGGAAAAUAUACAGAUGACUUUUUUAAACACAGCAAAGAGAGAUGUCUGGAGGGGAAUUUGGAAGUUCCGAAGAGUUGGUCAUAUUCUUCUGACAUUGUCAGGAUUAAGAAUCUUGAUAGCAGUGAAAAUGAGAUUGAUUUAAGUGGUUCUGCUUCUAAUGGAAGAAGUUAUGUUGAGAAUGUAAAGGUGAGUGAGAGUCUGAUGCUGAUGAAAUUUUACUCCUUAUCAUCAGGUGUAGUGGGCCAUUUGCUUUCUUAUCAUGAUGGUGGCGAAUUGGAUCUUCCAUUUGAAGUAACUGAACAAGAGUUGGAGAUAAUCCUUUUUCCUGGAAGUACCUUUAUACUUGGCCGGUCAGGUACUGGGAAAACAACUGUUUUGACUAUGAAGUUAUUUCAAAAAGAAAAACUACACCAUAUGGCAAAAGACUUAUUCUAUGGUGUCAAGAGUGAUAGACCUGUGCAUAGUCAGGAAAAGGAAGCCGAGGAGACUAUUUCAGAAAAAGAGCGUGCGGUACUGCGCCAGCUUUUCGUGACAGUCAGUCAUAAACUGUGUUAUGCUGUCAAACAACACGUUUCUCAUUUGAAAAGCUCUGCCUGUGGUGGUAAUUAUUCCAAAGGAAGCAAUUCAAUUGAUAUUGAUGAUUUUGGUGAUGCAACUCAAUUCAAGGAUGUCCUAGAUACUUUUGUUGAUGUUCCACCCAAGGCAUACCCUCUUGUCAUUACAUUUCAUGAUUUUCUGAUAAUGCUUGAUGGAACUGUGGGUAAUUCGUACUUUGAAAGAUUCCAUGAAGUAAGGAAACAUUCUCUUGGUAAAGUUCGUGCUGGAUCUGUUGCCUUACAGACAUUUAUAAGGAAUAGAGAAGUUAAUUAUGAAAGGUUUAGUUCAUCAUACUGGCCCCAUUUCAGUACCCAACUGACUAAGAAUCUUGACUCUUCAAGAGUUUUUACAGAGAUUAUUUCUCAUAUAAAAGGUGGCCCACAAGCUCUAGAGCCAGGUGAUGGUAUACUCAGUGGUGAAGACUAUGUUUUACUAUCAGACAGCAGAGUGUCCAGUUUAAAUAGACAGAAGAGAGAGAAUAUUUAUGAAGCCUUUCAAAAUUAUGAAAAAAUGAAGGUUGAAAAUGGUGACUUUGAUAUGGCUGAUCUUGUAAUUGAUCUUCAUCGUCGAUUGAGAGUUGAAAGAUAUGAGGGUGAUGAAAUUGAUUUUGUAUAUGUGGAUGAGGUGCAGGAUCUGACAUUGAGCCAAAUUUCACUAUUCAAAUAUAUCUGCAAAAAUGUAGAAGAAGGUUUUGUUUUCUCUGGUGACACAGCACAGACAAUUGCGAGGGGAAUUGAUUUUAGAUUCCAGGAUAUACGAUCUCUGUUCUACAAGAAGUUUCUACUGGAGUCUAAGAGUUGUGGACAUGAUAAAAGAAAAGAGAAAGGGAUAAUCUCAGAUAUUUUCCAUUUAAGCCAAAAUUUCCGUACUCAUGAUGGGGUUCUUAAACUGUCACAGAGUGUUAUUGAACUUCUUUAUCAUUUCUUUCCUCAUUCUAUUGAUGUUUUGCAGCCUGAGACUAGUCUCAUAUAUGGUGAAGCUCCAAUCUUGCUUGGAUCAGGGAACAAUCAAAACACAAUCAUUACUAUUUUUGGAAAUAUUGGAAAAGCUGGAAGGAGUAUUGUUGGCUUUGGUGCGGAGCAGGUAAUAUUGGUACGAGAUGAUCAUGUUCGGAAGGAAAUUACCAAAUAUGUUGGGAAGCAAGCUCUUGUUCUAACUAUUGUGGAGUGCAAGGGCCUUGAGUUUCAGGAUGUAUUGUUGUACAACUUUUUUGGCUCUUCACCUCUGAAAAAUCAGUGGAGGGUGAUAUAUAAAUAUAUGAACGAGCAAGAUUUACUCAACUCAACUUCUAUCUCUUUCCCAAGUUUCAAUGAGGCUAAGCACAAUGUCUUGUGCUCAGAACUGAAGCAACUUUAUGUGGCUGUCACUCGUACGAGGCAGAGGUUGUGGAUCUGUGAGAAUGUAGAGGAGUUCUGCAUUCCUAUGUUUGACUAUUGGAAGAAAAAGUGUCUUGUCCAAGUCAGACAGCUGGAUGACUCACUUGCUCAGGCAAUGCAAGUUUCCAGCAGCCCAGAGGAGUGGAGGUUGCGGGGCAUCAAGUUGUAUCGUGAGUAUAACUAUGAAAUGGCGACAAUGUGCUUCGAGAGAGCUGGAGAUAAAUAUUGGGAAAGACGGUCUAAGGCUUCUGGCCUUAGAACUACGGCUGACUGCAUGCGCCAUUCAAAUCCUGAAGCAGCAAACAUGAUCCUUAGGGAAGCUGCUGAAAUAUUUGAAGCCAUAGGCAAGGCUGAUUCUGCUGCCCAAUGUUUCUCUGAUUUGGGGGAGUAUGAAAGAGCAGGGUGGCUUUAUUUGGAAAAGUGUGGCGAGUCUGGGCUGAAAAGCGCUGGCGAAUGCUUUUUUCUAGCCAAAUGCUAUGAACGUGCAGCUGAUGUGUAUGCUAGGGGCUAUUUUUUCUCAGACUGUUUGAAAGUUUGCUCCAAAGGAAAAUUAUUUGACAUGGGUUUUCAGUACAUUCAGCAUUGGAAACAACAUGCAGUUACAGAUUCUGGUGUGGUUAGGAUAAGAAAAGAAAUAGACAAAAUUGAACAAGAGUUUUUAGAGAGUUGUGCUUUUCAUCAUUAUAAGCUUAAGGAUAGCAGAUCCAUGAUGAAAUUUGUUAAAGCUUUUCAAUCCAUAGAUUUGAUGCGCAAAUUCUUGAAGUUCUAUGGUUGUCUUGAUGAGCUUCUGAUGUUGGAAGAAGAUUCAGGAAACUUCUUGGUGGCUGCAAACAUUGCGAGGCAGAGAGGGGAGAUUCUACAUGAAACUGACCUCCUAGGGAAGGCUGGGAAUUUCACAGAAGCAUCCUUGUUAAUUCUUAUGUAUGUUAUGUCCAACUCACUUUGGCAACUUGGAAGCUAUGGCUGGCCGUUAAAGCAGUUUACACAGAAGCAGAAGCUUUUAGCAAAAGCCAAGACAUUUGCAAAGAAAGAGUCAAAAAACUUUUUUGAGUUUUUUUGUACUGAGGCUGAUGUUUUAUCAAAUGAGCAGAGUAACUUGUCCACGAUGAAAAAUUAUUUGAAUGCAGCUCACAAACAUAAGAGUGUUGGAGGUGGAAUAAUAUGUGCGCGAAAAAUUCUAGAUGCUCAUCUUCAUUCAAACUCCUCAAAGUAUGUAUGGGAAGAUAAUUUUGUUUUUGAUCUAAAAAAGCAUUCAGAACAGAAGAUCGCUACAAAUCAGAUUUCCUUAGAAACACUGAUUUGCUUUUGGAAUCUUUGGAAAGAUAAGAUUGUGAAUAUCAUUGAAUACCUCGGAUGUCUUCAAACCCAAGCUGUCAAUGAAUAUGGAGAUUUUUGCUUGAAUUACUUUGGAGUGCGGAAGCAGUUUGAUAAUGAUAGUGCCAUCUAUCUUUUGCUCAACCCUGAUGCAGAUUGGGUGAGACAAUUGGAUAAUAGAUUUCUUCAUCAGAACGGGAAGCUGGUUUCUAUCACCUUUCACAAGUUUGUUUCAACUGCACAAAGUUAUUGGUGUUCAGAAUUACUUUCUGUUGGUAUGAAGGUUUUGGACAGUGUCAAAGCCCUUUAUGAUUUGUCAUUAAAGAAUUCUCUCUCCAUGUUCUGCCAAAGCAUAUCUCUUACUCAUAUCUAUGAGGUUGCGAAGUUUCUUUUGGAAUCCGAAUAUCUGGACCUCAAGUUCCAUGAUAAUAAGGCAUUGUGGCAAUAUGUCAAACUUUCCACUAAUAUCUUCGGCUACAUAUUUCAUCUGGACUGGCAGAAAUCUUUGGCAGAGAACAUGUAUUCUUUGAGAGGAACUGAGGUUAUGAAGAAUUUAUUAAAACAAGUCAUACGUGGAAACAUCAGCUCAAAGGGUAGGUUGACUUAUGGGCAAAUUGGAAGAGUUGUAAUGGUAAUUCUUGGAUUGGGUAAGCUUGACAAUGAUUUAUGUAAGGAGAUUUUGGAUAGGUUUGAUGGGAUUAACAAGGAUCUGCCCUGGAAGACCUUCAUUGAAACUCUCUUUGUGAAUAUGGGAUCAAAAAUUCCACAGGGUACCGUGCCUGACAAUAGCAGUGAAUCUCCAAGAGUGUUAUCCCUUCUGUUGACGCUCAACGAAGCUUUGGUAAAUACGUACAGGGUAGGCUGGAUUAAAGAAAGGGACUAUAUGUCACCUGGUUGUUUCUUGUAUAUUGUUGAGCGUCUACUGAUGUUGGCAUCAUACUCCCAGGGUUACUUUAUCACUUCAAAGUCUUCUUUUGCUGAAUGGUUUAUCUACCAAGAGGGAGAUACUAACCCAGAUUCCACUUCUUUGGCUGAAAUGCAACCAUCUCUUGAAAAAAUUUACCACUUUGUUGUCUAUGAAGUUGUUAUGCCACUUAUUUAUAAUAAGAAGGAUACAAUGAAAUGGAUCAAAAUGUCUGGUAUAUAUGCGAAAGACUACUAUCCUCUGAUGGUGUUGAGAUUGGUUACCAUAAUAUGUUUGGUUCAUCUGAACUGUGGGAAGUUUUCAGAUUUACUUUUUGAUUUGCUUCAAAGGAGCUAUAUUACUGUGCAACUUCCAUGGGACUUUCAUGAUGUCCUUCGGAGAAGAUUGAAACAUUUCCACAAUGUAAAAGUGAUUGCUGAAGCAUUUAAAAAAAUUAACAAUCCUCUUGUAAUUGUGAGUUUGGGAAAAAAUUGUUCACAAUUUCUAUGUCCAGAUGUCAUUUUUGUGGACAUGACGGUAAAACAGUGCAGGGAGGACAUUUUAAGAGUCUUGUUUCCAAAGACAGCCAAAGCCUUGCAAGGUCAAACUGGAAUUAUUGAAGUGGAAACAACUCAUUCUUGCAGUGAUGAAGUGCUUUCAUCCGGCAGUUAUGUUCAGGAGGGUUGUAAACUUGCACCUUCAAACUUUGUUUUGAACAACAUGAAUGGAACCAUGCUGCCAAUGGAUUAUAGUUUCUUUUGGGAAAUGUUUGAAGCAUUGAAGUCAUUGGAGAAUGGUAGAGAUCCAAAGAACUUUUUGGCCAAUGCUCAAAUAAUCAAGGUGGAUGUUGACAAAUGUAUUCUCCUUGUAAAUACUGUUGUGAACGAAAGCCUUCAGAAUACUCUUUUCCUCUUUUCCUGCAUGCUUGAUGAACUGAAGCUACUUUCUGCUGCAUUGGGUGUGAGUGAACCGGAGCUUGGGAAGGAUAUGUCAACAAUUGGAGAACUUUCCAAGAGAUUGCUGUCAAGAAGGCCAAUGGUGGAACCUAUAUUGAGUCAGCAAUUCUUGCAGCAGGGCACAAGCAUUCUGGUUGAGACAUCAGAAGCUACAAGUACAUCUGUUGACCAGGAGAAUGCGGAGAAUGGUAGCAAGGAUAAGACAAAUAGUAGUGCUGAUCAUAAGGGUAAGUCAAAGGCCUUAGAAGCUGAUUUUGUCUGGAGCCAACAGUAAAAACAGUCAGGAAACUGAAAACAAGGGGGAAGGGGAAAAAGGCCAAAAAUAAAGACGAGUGGUAAAGGAGGAUGGAAGUGAUAAAUAGGUGCGUAUGAGCUGAAAUGUGCUAUGAAAUUUUAUGUUUCAAAAAUGUUCUUCAUACGCACUUGAAAGUGUUGAACUAUAUAGCAUUUUAGAACAUAUCGUUGAAAUUUGAAGCUCAAUAUUUGGUAGUAUUAUUGUAAUUGGCAUUUGGCAAUGCUAUGGCACUUGUAGUUUUAGGUCCUA